AUGGGUCACUCGUACAACAAGGCGGCCAAGGCCACAAACAUCGAAAGUCCCGUGCAAUGGACCGACCAAACCAAACACAAAUAUUGCGGCAAGAUUGACAGCGGCCGGAUUGGCAAGCCCAACAAGGCUCAAAAGUGCGACGCCUGCCUGCAAAUCAAGGCCCACAGAGCGAAGGAAUCCCAAAGAGACACCGACAACCGCCGACAAGACAAGAUUGCCUGGUCCGCUUUUGGCUACGAGUGA